UACUAUCUUGUCUUGCUUUAAAUCGCGCGUUUCACGUUCGUAGCUCGCUCGAGUCUGUCGUUUUUGGGAUGGAAAAAAAAAAGAGAGAGCACCAGGUAACCUGCUUUUCUACCCCUCUCCCUCUUCCGGUUAAUCGAAACCUUCAUUUAUUCUUUGGCUAUAGAGCUCAAACUCAGCCUUCGACGACCAUAACGCAGCAAAACUGGAGAAGAGAUAAAGCACUUCAAUUUAGUGAUUGAAUCCUUGGGUUAACGGGUGAUUGAGCUACGAAUAUGAUGCAGUCUGAUCAUGGUAUGCUGAUCGAGCAGCUCUUGGUGGGUCUGACAGUACUAGCGAAGCAAGUUGGCGAGGCGGUUGAUCAGGCCAAAUCGUUCAGGGUCGACCGCGGGGAGAUGGAAAAGCGAGUUCUUCAGCUCUCGCAAAUGCUAAACAACCUGCUCUGCUUCAUCACCAUGGAUCCGAUGAUGUUUAACUUGAACCCAAUUAAUUGUGUCAUCGGAGGGGUCUCCAAGAUCCUUGAGGAGGCCUUAACUCUGGCCUGCAAGUGUAGACGCAAAACCAUCGUUUGCCGACUCUUCACCGGCACAGAAUCAAAAUUAGCCACCACUAUCCACAAGCUCUACCAACUUUUAGACGUUUCUAUCGAAUCCAUGAACUGUCUUCUUAUCUUGUACAACCCCGAUUUCAGCAGCGCCUUUGAUGAAUUCUUUCUCUCGUUGCCUCAAUUCCUCAGCAACGAUUCAUCUGCUCUUUCGGCCUGGUCUUGCAUGGUUACAGAAAAAUUGAUUUGGCAGCUAGCCCCCAUGCUGGGUGAAACUUCUCCACCUGAGCUAAAAAUAUGUUGUGCGGAAGCUUUAUCGAUGCUUAACGUUGGGAGUGUUCUAAACAGUAGUGGGACGAUAGACGAGACAGAAGAAUUAAUGUUUUGCUUGGCUAAAUUGGUGGAAGCGGAGGAUGGUGAAUUCCAGUUCAAUUGCUUGACGAUUAUAAUGGAAAUCACUGCCGCAGCCGAAUCUGAUCUCGAUCUUAGAUGCAAAACAUUUAAGACCAAUUCACCUGGUGCAAAGGCUAUCGUUGAACUGCUCUUAAGGGUGAUUAAAGAAUCAGAGGAUCACCCUAAAAUCCAAGUUCCUGCCAUCAAAUCGAUCGGGUCCUUGGCGAGAAUUUUCAAAAAAAGAGAAAGUCCUCAUGUGAUUAGUGUUUUGGUGUCGCAGCUUGUCAAUGUGCACCAAGAAGUGGCAACGGAAGCUAUCGUUGCUUUACAAAAGCUUGCCUAUCCAGGCAAUUAUCUUUGCAAAGCGCAUUCAAAGAUAAUGAUCGAGUUCAACGCUGUAAAGCCUUUGAUGAAAUUGCUGAGAGAUGGUGAAAGGACACAGCAGCUGCAUGGAUUGGUGCUUAUCUGCUACCUUGCUGUGAAUGCUAAUUACAGCAAGGCUAUGGAAGAAGCCAGGGUCAGGACUGCCAUUCAACAAUUAUUAACUAGAAAGGGGAGGCCGCACAGGCACGAUGUUUCGCAGCAUCCCGAAUUGAAAGAAUUGGUACCCAGGGCCUUGGGGUCUCUGAUAUUGUAUUAUAAAUACUAAAGAGCAUGUAGUUCAUCAAACGUAGGCAGUAUUAGUGUUCACUAACCGUAGAAACAGUCUUAUCGUAAAAUACUUGUACAUGUUAUUUAUCGAUUCUAGAUAAAAAAAAAAGGGGUUAAAAUUUCAGAAUCAUUGCUUGAGUUGGUAAAAAAAGUUGCCUUAAAAAGACAAAAGAGGUUAA